GAAGACGAGACUUCCGCCCAGCCCCCGUCAAACACCCAGCGAUCAAUCCGUUCUCUCCGGCCAAAAUGGUGAGUUUCUCCCAUUCCUGCUGUUACUGAUGAAGUUCAAUCGACGGACAAUACCAAAUCUCGAACACUUCCCCGCGCAUGCCUCCGAUUUCCAACAUCCCCCGUUCCGAUAACGUCCCUGCAAUCGUCGAUGUCACCCAAGGACUUGAUCGAACGUCGUCGCUAACGAUAUGUACCAGUCGACACCCAAGGUUAAGGCCGUCCAGCUGUGGGGGAAGAACAAGGAUGAGUUGACCAAGCAACUCGGCGAACUCAAGACCGAACUCGGCCAGCUUCGCAUCCAGAAGAUCACUUCGUCGGGCACCAAGCUUAACAGAAUCACCGACAUCCGCAAGUCGAUCGCCCGCGUUCUCACCGUGAUCAACGCCAAGCAACGACAUCAGCUCCGCCUGUUCUACAAGAACAAGAAGUACGCGCCUCUCGACCUCCGCCCGAAGCAGACCCGUGCCAUCCGUCGCCGGUUGUCCAAGCACGAUGCGGAGAGGGUCACAGAAAAGCAGCGCAAGCGGACCCAGCACUUCCCCCAGCGCAAGUACGCUGUCAAGGUAAGCGACGAUCGUUUGAAGACUUGAAGAGUUUUGGGAGGGAAGACGAUAGCGGGAUUGCUGACUGAAAGCUAUUUAGGCUGCUUGAUUUGGACGCCUCUUUCGGUAACUAAGGAGCUGGGGAAGGCAAAUGGACGGCGUACGUUUGGCAAAUGGGUGG